UGUCUGAAAAAUGAUGAAGUCCCUGUGAGUGAUUCGAUUGUUUGCGAGAACCCAUUUAGCUGCUCUGAGUGUGGGAAAAGAUUCAGUCGCAAUGGAGAUCUGAGCAGACACAUGAGAUUGCAUACAGGAGAGAAACCAUUUAAGUGCUUUGAGUGUGGGAAAAGAUUUAGUCAAAGUGGAGUUUUGAAGGUACACAUGAGAUGUCAUACUGGAGAGAAGCCAUUUAAGUGCUCUGAGUGUGGGAAACGAUUUAGUGAAAGUGGAGCUUUGAAGAUACACAUGAGAUGUCAUACAGGAGAGAAACCAUUUGACUGCUCUGAGUGUGGGAAAAGAUUUGGUCAGAUGGGACAUCUGAGGAUUCACAUGAGAUCUCAUACUGGAGAGAAACCAUUUAGUUGCUCUGAUUGUGGGAAAAGAUUUGGUCGCAGUGGAAAUCUGAACAGACACAUGAGAUCUCAUACUGGAGAGAAACCAUUUAGUUGCUCUGAGUGUGGGAAAAGAUUCGGUCGCAAUGAAGAUCUGAGCAGACACAUGAGAUUGCAUACAGGAGAGAAACCAUUUAGUUGCUCUGAGUGUGGGAAAAGAUUUGGUCGCAGUGGAUUUCUGAAGGUACACAUGAGAUCUCAUAUAGGAGGGAAACCAUUUAUCUGCUCUGAGUGUGGGAAAAAUUUUUGCCGAAAUCAUGAUCUGAAGGCACACAUGAGAUCUCAUACAGGUGAAAAACCAUUAAGCUGCUCUGAGUGUGGGAAAAGAUUUGGUCACAGCGGCGAUAUGAAGAAGCACAUGAGAUUUCACACAGGUGAAAAACCAUUUAGCUGCUCCGAGUGUGGGAAAAGAUUUCGUCAGAGGGCACAUCUGACGAAACACAUGAGAUCUCAUAUAGGGUAGAAACCAUUUAGUCGCUCUGAGUGUGGGAAAAGAUUAGGUUGCAAUGGAGAUCUGAAGAGACACAUGAGAUGACAUAAAGGAGAGAACCCAUUUAGUUGCUCUGAGUGUGGGGUAAGAUUUCGUCGAAGGGGACAUCUGACGAGACACAUGAGAUCUCAUAUAGGGUAGAAACCAUUCAGAGAGGAACAGGAGGAACUCUGGAUCAGUCAGGUGGGAGAGCAGCUUCAAGGGCUGGAGGAGGAUGAUAUCAUCAAGUUCACAUUCACUCCUGUCCCUGUGAAGAGUGAAGAUGAUAAAGAGAAACCUCAGUCCUCGCAGCUUCAUCAAAGACACACUGAACAGAUGGAAACAGAAGCAGAGGGAGAGGACUGUGGAGGAGCAGAACCAGCCAGGAACUCAGAUCCAGAUACACAUUUACAAUUUUCAAUUUUCAAUUUUCAUACAAACAGCAUUUUUUUCUGUCUGGCUCUCAUGCCAUUUUUUGUCUCCUCUGUGUCCCCUCUCUAAAUUCAGAGGAUUUUACGGGUUCAGAAACGCAGCGCAGGAGGAAGUCUUCAUGAUUUUUAAAAAGAAAUAAUUCCUCCCUCCUUAUUGUAAAAGUGGCAGCAGCCAGGGGUUUAAAUAUAGACAGCACAGGUAGUGCGGUUGCACUGGAGCCUGUGGGGUGGGGGGACCUUGCAAAUGAUUCAGAUUUCCGCUUCUGUACUACAGCUGUGUUUCUAAAGAAAAAAAAAAUUCCAUUACAUUAAAAAUGGUGCCAUAUGCUACAGGCUAUUUGACCUGAAACAUGCCAACACAUCUCUGUCAUAAUUUUCUUUUUUUCUUUUCUUUCCUUUUUGUAAAACAAUCAGUAGCAAUCUACAACAAAAUGAUAUGCUGAUUCUACAUGAACCCGAAAAACCAUGAAUAAACUAUAUGUAUUUAAAAAUGAUUCAAUUAAAUGAAUAAUUUCUUAUUUCUUUCAUACAUUUGUCAUGUACAGGCAUGCAAUGAUGAUUGUUGAGUAACAUGUAUGUUGAUGUUGCCUAGUGUCAAGUCUCUUUUUGGUCAUGUGACAAGUUGAUACAAUUUACAGUUUCUAGUUUAGGUGCAAAAUCUGUCAAGACUGACAAGCUGAGCAAAUCUACAAGUCCACUAAGCAGUCAUGCCUUUGUAACAUAAAAGCAGCAGUAAAAAAGGACAAGAGAGGGCUGAACAGGAGGAAAAUCUGGCAAAGCUCCCUGAAUUAAAGUCCUUGUGCUUUUUUAUAAGCAGUUGCCAGUGGUGUUUGUGGUCGCCUG